CUCGUAAAUGACUUUGAACACUAUGAAGUCUAUCAUCCUACUGUGUAUAUGUGUUGUCCUGCCGGACAGAUCAAACUCGGGCAAAGUCCAUUCGACAAUCCACAGGAAGCUGCAACAUGUGCUGAAGAACACACCUUGGUCAUGGGAAAUCACAGGAUCGCACAUUGAAAAUAAGCAUCCUAUCGCCUUUAAUGUCAAGGUUUGCUCCACCUAUAAAGUCACUGGAAUGUUGAAAAACGAAAAGUCUAAGUACCGAGACUGCGCAACCAUAUUGAAGAAGGAUCCCUAUACAAGAAAGCAGGAUGGAGUGUAUGCCAUUUAUCCGGAUCUCAAAACUAAGAAGCACGUGUACUGUGACAUGACAACAGAAGGAGGCGGCUGGACGGUCAUCCAUAAAAGACUAGAUGGGUCGACAGAUUUUUACAGGGACUGGAGAGCUUACAAAUCUGGUUUUGGAGAUCCCAAGAGAAAUUAUUGGAUAGGAAACGACGCCAUGCAUUUGCUAACAAAGUCAGGGAACCACGUCCUCCGAGUGGACCUCCAGAGAUUUAAUGGUCAGAAGGCUUACGCUAAAUACUCCAAAUUCUCUGUUGGUGACGAAAGCAGAAAAUACAGACUGAUUGUGUCUGGAUACAGGGGCACGGCAGGAGACAGUCUUGCCUACCACAAUGGAAUGAAGUUUACAACAAAAGAUAAAGACAAUGACAACUAUAGAAGUAAUUGUGCGGGUACAUUUACUGGAGCAUGGUGGUAUAAACAUUGUCAUUAUGCCAACCUGAACGGACCGUAUGCCAAGUCCGCCAAGAAGGGUACCAAAUACAAUACCUGGUAUCACUGGGGGAAUAGAUACCAAGCAUUGAAAAGAACAUCCAUGAUGAUCCGACCAUGGUAACAAUGUACAAUGUGUCAACAUGGAAAAUAAAUGAUGUACACACUG